AUGCGUCUUCUCAUUCUCUCUCUAUUCAUUGGAUUCACAAUUGCUCUUGAUCUCAUCGGAAGAACUCAAUGGGCAGCGGUCAAGGGAAAACUUUUAUGUGAGGGGAAACCAGCUUCAGGAGUCAAAGUCAAGUUAAUGGAAUCUGAUAACAGUUUCUUGCCUGGAUUCUUGGACAAAGACGAUAAACUAGCUUCUUCAAAAGCAGAUUCAAAUGGAGAGUUCAACUUGAGUGGAUCCACAAAAGAAAUCACUACAAUUGAACCAUAUUUGGCAGUUUUUCAUGAUUGCAAAGACGGAAUUACACCAUGUCAACGUGUCCUCCGUAUCGAUAUUCCAAAAUCAUAUUCCAACUGGGGAAGCUCCGCCAAAAAGACCUACGAUGCUGGAAGUUUGGAACUCGCCGGAAAGUUCAAAGGAGAGACGAGAAGUUGCUUCAAUCGAUAA